AGAGACGCAAGGUGAAUCCGCUUGUGCGACUCUUCCGUUUGAUGACGUCUUCUUCGGGCGCCCCCUCGCAUAGGCUAAGUUUGCCGUGCUGCGUGCUGGUUUCCCCGGCGGGAGCGCUUCGAUCAUGGCGAGCGAUUUCUAUUUGCGGUACUACGUUGGGCAUAAGGGCAAGUUUGGCCAUGAGUUUCUGGAAUUCGAGUUCCGUCCUGAUGGUAAACUGAGAUAUGCAAAUAACAGUAAUUACAAAAAUGAUGUCAUGAUCAGAAAAGAAGCCUACGUACAUAAAAGUGUGAUGGAAGAAUUAAAGAGGAUAAUUGAUGACAGUGAAAUUACAAAAGAAGAUGAUGCAUUGUGGCCUCCACCAGAUAGAGUUGGUCGGCAGGAGCUUGAAAUUGUGAUUGGGGAUGAACAUAUCUCUUUCACAACAUCAAAAAUCGGUUCUCUUAUUGACGUGAAUCAGUCCAAGGAUCCAGAAGGUCUAAGAGUGUUUUAUUAUCUUGUUCAAGAUCUCAAGUGUCUAGUCUUCAGUCUCAUUGGAUUACAUUUCAAGAUUAAACCAAUUUAAAUUGUGUGGAUUUAAAUUUGUAUAGUAAAGUUUUUUGGGGGGGAUUCUUUUCAUUCCGUAUCUUACAUAAUGUUUAUAUGUCUGUUUUAUACAGAGUGAUUUAAUAAAAACUAAGACUUUUUUCUUUUUA